AUGAAUGAUGGAAUUUUACAAAAUAGAGAUGAUGGGGAAAAGAAUUCGAUAAUAGAUAAAAAACUAGAUUUGCUCUCUUUUUUAUCAAGCCCUGCUCGUUGUAUUCCAGUACAAGCUGUAAAAGAGCUUGGUUGCAUUUUCCCAACAAACAAUAUUACAUUUCAAGGGCUAUUUCGAUCAAUAUGUGAACGACAUAGAUUAUGUUAUGCAUGUGGAUUUGCAAGUAGUAUCACAAAGCGACAAUGUAAUAAAAUAGCAUUAGUGAAAAUUUACCACGCAUGUGCUAUAAAUAAAACAUUAUCUGCAGCUAGCUGUAUAAAGCAAAGUUUUACAAGACUAUCAAUUCUUCGACAAGAUCAAUAUCGAACAUCUGGUGCCUAUCCUGGAUUUUCUAUUGAAUGUCGUCAAAAUUGCGUUCUUGAUUAUCUCCGAGGCUACUAA